AUGAAAUUAUUCUGUGUCAGCUGUCAGUGUCACUGUCAGGUCAGUGUCUGUCAGUCAGUCAGUCAGAUUCUGGCAGUAGUGGUGACGGCUGUUGCUGCGAUUUAAGUUAAAAUCUUACAAAUAAUAAAAUAUGUCUGAAGAUACGCCUAGAGUUCUCUCAAUUCAAAGUCAUGUCGUUCAUGGAUACGUCGGCAAUAAAAGCGCAGUAUUUCCUUUACAAUCUUUAUUUACAGGUUUUAGGAUUUGAAGUUGAUGCUAUAAACACAGUCCAAUUUUCAACACAUACCGCAUAUAAGCACAUAAAAGGCAAUGCGUUAAAAAAUGAAGAAAUGGAGGAACUCAUAGAAGGACUGACGUUAAAUGAGGUUGACUAUUACACACACCUCAUCACUGGCUACUCAAGAUCACCGGAUUCAUUAAAACAAAUUGCUGAAAUCAUUAAAAAGCUGAAACAGAAGAAUCCUAACUUAAUAUAUGUUUGCGAUCCAGUCAUGGGUGACAACGGCAAAAUGUACGUCCCAGAAGACAUAUUGCCCGUAUACCGCGACAUAGUGGUACCACUAGCUGAUAUCAUCACACCCAACCAAUUCGAAGCUGAACUGAUGACUGGCCUUCGAGUAGAGGAUGUACAGGGAGCUUACAAAGUUAUUGAAGAGCUGCAUAGUAAAGGUGUUAAGACUGUUGUGCUGUCGAGCUCAGAUUUGGGCGAUAAGGACAAUAUGAUUGCGAUUGCCAGCUCUAAUGGUGAAUGUUACACCAUCCAAAUCCCGAAGGUGGACGCCACGUUUACAGGCACAGGAGACCUGUUUGCUGCCCUGUUCCUAGCGUGGUCAUAUAAAACACGGGACAACUUGAAACUUACGCUGGAAAAGACGAUAGCUACACUACAGGCUAUUGUGAAGGACACGUAUCAGAAAGCUAGAGCCAAAUACCCCACUGGCAAGGUGCCUCCUGCCCUGAUAGAGCUCAGAUUGAUACAAAACAAAGCCACCAUCGAAGAUCCAGCCAUACUCAUCAACGCUACCAAAAUAGAGUGUAGCUGUUAACAAAAUAUAAUAAUUUAUUGUUAGCUGCAGCUUUAAGAUCGUACAAAGAUAAACUUUUGACAAUAGUAGGUCAGUGAUCAGCAAAUGGGCUAUUUUCAAUCAAAAGGGUACCAUAAGUACCAUUCCAUUACCCCUUAUCCAUAAAAAAGUAUUGCACUGAUUAG